CGUGCCUCGUUGCUCAAACAAAACUAAAUGAGCUCACAAAGGCAGCAGAAGUCGCACCAGUGCUGCCUUCACACCCCGUGAACGUCCCAAGCUUUCCACUCUACACAAAUGUUUGCAUUCUUACUCUGCCCUGUGGGGCCCCUCAGACAGCCUGCUCUCCCAUUGGCCUGGGCGGUGCGCUCAUUAUGCAAAUUAGGCGAUGGGCGGGGCCUAUUCGUAAGAGUACGAUUCGACGUCACGGGCAGAGUGGCAUGUGAGGUGGUGGUUUUGGUGGUGGUGGUGGUGGGGGGUGAGAGUGGAAGGAGAGGGGGCUUUAAAAAAAAAAAAGAAAGAAAGAAAAGAAAUUGAAAACACAUACAGAGCACAAGAACAAAUAAAUGAGGCUGAUUCCAAACAAGGGGGCUUUAAAAAGGGAAGAGGAGAGAGAGCAGGGAGGGAGAAACUGUGAGGAGGAGUGGGGAGAGAGGAAGAUAUAACGGAGGGGGGGAAGAGAGAGAGAGUGCACUGUGCAGAGAGAGAGAGAGAGAGGGAGAGAGGGAGGGAGAGAGAGGGAGAGAGAGAGAGCAGCUCGCCGGCCCAUUGAGGAAAGAUGGCUACAGUCACUGCAAACGGAGUGCAGCAAGAGAAUGGAUUCAGCACCACGAACAGCGCCGGCAGGAUGAACGGGCUUACCAUCGGCCAGAACACCAUUCCAAUGAAGGACCACGACGCCAUCAAGCUUUUCAUCGGGCAGAUUCCCAGAAACCUGGAGGAAAAGGACCUGAAACCCCUGUUUGAGGAAUUCGGAAAGAUAUACGAACUCACUGUACUGAAAGACAGGUUCACGGGAAUGCAUAAAGGAUGUGCCUUUCUAACAUACUGUGCCAGAGAGUCAGCACUGAAGGCCCAGAGCGCCCUCCAUGAACAGAAGACUCUGCCAGGGAUGAACCGGCCCAUCCAGGUGAAGCCAGCCGACAGCGAAGGACGAGGAGAAGACAGGAAGCUGUUUGUGGGAAUGCUCGGCAAGCAGCAGAGCGAGGACGACGUCCGGCGGCUCUUCGAGACCUUCGGCCAGAUCGAGGAGUGCACCGUCCUGCGAGGGCCUGAUGGGGCCAGUAAGGGCUGCGCCUUUGUCAAGUUCUCCAGCCACGCAGAAGCGCAGGCCGCCAUCAACAGCUUACACGGUGGACAGACUAUGCCUGGUGCCUCGUCCAGUCUGGUGGUCAAGUUUGCAGACACCGAUAAAGAGAGGACCCUGCGCAGGAUGCACCAGAUGGCGGGCCAGCUCGGCAUCUUCAGUCCUAUGACCAUCCAGUUUGGGGCCUAUGGCGCCUACUCUCAUGCUGUAAGUCUCAGCCCGGCGGGGGAGGAGACGCAGAUGAUGCAACAGCAAGCAGCCCUGAUGGCAGCAACACAAGGGUCCUACCUGAACCCCAUGGCAGCCAUCGCAGCCGCGCAAAUGCAGCAAAUGGCAGCUUUCAAUGUCAACGGCCUGGUGGCUACUCCCAUGACACCGUCCUCAGGCACCAGCACACCCCCGGGCAUCUCUGCCACAGCCGUGCCCAGCAUAGCCGCCCCUAUUGGAGUCAACGGAUUCAGUGCCCUCCCGCCUCAGAGCAACGGGCAGCCCACUUCUGAGCCCAUCUACACCAAUGGUAUUCAUCCAUACCCAGCACAGAGUCCAACGGUGACCGACCCUCUCCAACAGGCUUAUGCUGGCGUCCAACACUACGCAGCAGCCUACCCUGCCGCCUAUGCGCCAAUCAGCCAAGCGUUCCCCCAGCAACCAACCAUCAUUCCCCAGCAACAGAGGGAAGGGCCAGAAGGUUGCAACCUGUUUAUUUAUCACCUGCCCCAGGAGUUCGGAGACGCGGAGCUCAUGCAAAUGUUCCUGCCUUUUGGCAACGUCAUCUCUGCCAAAGUCUUUGUGGACCGAGCGACCAAUCAGAGCAAAUGUUUUGGCUUUGUGAGUUUUGAUAACCCGUCCAGUGCUCAAGCCGCUAUCCAGGCCAUGAACGGCUUUCAGAUAGGCAUGAAGAGGCUGAAGGUGCAGCUAAAGCGGCCAAAGGAUGCCAACCGACCUUAUUGACUCGUCCGCUGUCCAUACCCAGGAUGAAGGGCCACAACACCUUAUUUCCACAAGUGCAGUAAAAGUACAAAGACUUCUUGCUCUGCUACAUAUCAUGAAGGAAGGGUGGUCCCUUGAUCCUGCUGGAAACCCGCCGAAAGAUUGGGUGACUGAGAGAGGGAUCCCAGAGUUGUUUUAUUUUUCUUUCCUUUUUUUCUUUCUUCGCAAAUGCCUCUUUUUUCCCUGUUUUGCUUUGGCGUCUGUGGAAGAAGAUUUUUUGCAGAGACCAACUUUUUGCUGCUGUUUUUUAGACAUGAUGGGGAAAAAAAAAAAAAAAACCUUUAUAGACUCAUUAUGCUCAAAGCAUGCAUACUGACACAGGAUAUAGAUAAACACACAUACACACAGAUAACAAACCAAACAUACACAUUUAAGGAUGCUACACUUCAAGAAAUUUAAAAAUGAAAAAAAAAAAGAAAAAAAAAAAGUCUACUUUGUACAUGUAUAAAUACGUGCAAAUGCCAACUCAAGUACUGAAGCAAACACAUGCGUGUGCGCGCACACACACAUACACACAAAUACACACACCAGCCUGCUGCCAUUUUGGUUUUUGUGCCUACACAGGUGUUGUGCUCUGUGACAGGGCAAGCUCUGGAUCAAAGAAGAAAACGAGAAGAAGAAGAAGAUGAAGAAGAAGACGACGACGAGAGAAGAGAAGAGGAGAAUCCAGGAUAAUUUACAUGCAUCAUUCCUUAGGAAAUAGGGACCAAAGGACUAAACGCUUUUUAAAAGAAUAUAAAUAUAUAAAUAUAUAAAUAUAUAUUUAAAAACUCAUACCUUGUAGCUGCAAGUAUUACAAUUUACUCGUAGUCAAAAAAAUCAUUAAAUCAAUAUCCAGUGGCCUACUGUAAGUAAGAAUAAAAGAAAAUGGAAAUAAUGUAUAAAAAAAGACAUGGAAUCGUAGUAUAGGGGCUGAUCUUUUGCUCUGGAUGCUGAUUUAGCACCAGGUUGUAGAAUAGUAAAGUAGAUUAGGAAAAAAAAAUAUGUAGAUUUGCUAAUUUUUGCUGUUGUUUAAAAAAAAUACUUGAAGUCGUAACGAAAAAGGAGGGCAGAAGGGGGAGGAAAAGGAAAACAUUCAUCUUCCCCUGUACGCAACGAGUCUCUUUCUCUUGGAUGUUAAGGUAUCAGCCACUGGAUAUCUCGCUCAUCAUGAUGUAUAAGUCACCGCACUCUCUUACAGCUAUGAACAGACUGUUGUGGAAGAAAAAAAAAAAAAGAAUGAAGAGAGAGAAAAAAAAAAGACUGAACUUACUAAUGUCUGUGCUGGACAGGGUGCAGAUAUUUAAGGCUCUCACUAGCCUUUGUGUUCAAGCGACAAUCCACUGUAAAGACCAAGCGAAAUGGACAUGGUGUGUCUUUUGUUUUCUUCUUUUCUUUUCUUUUCUUGACCUUUUAUAUUUGCAACAAGGGAGCGUGAGUUAUGAAGCCACAAAUUGUUAAGAGGAGAUGGUUCUACUAAGAGUGACGGACAAAUGGAUGGUCAUACGAGGGGAACAGAUCAGGAGGAGGAGUAAGGUGACAGCUACUGAAACUGCCAGCAGAAUGAACUCAGAACACAAACGAAUUGGCCCAAGUGGCGUCAGAAUUCUGUCACAAAACAAAAGUAUGCCCGCUGUAAACAACCAGGACUUAUAUAAGCGACAUGCCAAGGAUAUGCGAGUCCACUGGAGCUGCUGCAAAACUCCAGAUUGAGAAAAAUUGCCACUUGUCUCUUGGCUGAUAAAGACAAACAAUUCUCUGAAGACAAACUCAAUUUACUGUAUUGAUGGCAAAGGGGUGCAGGCUUUUAGAGCUGAUUUGAGCUCUGUCAAAUAUAAUGUAAAUUCCAUUAUUAACAUGUUCCCUGACCUGCUUUCUUCAUAUAUUAUACAUAGAGCCUAUGGAAAAAAAAAAAAAAAGCUACAGCUUGAACGGACUAUAUCUAAAUUAGAUUUAACAGUCACUCUUUACCAUAUUUCAGCUCGCUUGUAGCCACUCUGACACUGACGCCAGGCAGGACAGAGCAAAGCACUCCAGUACUGUCAUGUCUUGAUUUACAGUCCUGUAGCCUUUUCUUUUGACUGUUUUAGGGGCUCUAGAUAGGGGCUCUUCUCUAAAAGCGGAUCAAUAUGUUUGGAGUCUAGAGGGAGGAGCGAUGCUGUUUCAAUCAGUCUGGACACUUCCCAAUUUUCUCUGUCGAACACCAGCUCACAUCCGUACACCAGCCCUUUGAGCACUGACAGCUGGCAGUGAGAGGCACGGCUAGGCAAGGAGGAGAGAGGGGAGGUGAAGAGAGGAUGUCAACAACCAAACAUGACAUUGAGAUCCUUUAAACCCAAUGCUUUUAGAAUGACUUAAUGUGUAAAAUUAGCAGCAGUUAUCAAGCUCUUGGUGACACACACUAGGUAUCUGUGCUACACGCUUUCAAAAAAACAGGAUUAAAGUGUGUAAAUAGGACUGGAGUGUGGUAACUUAGGCUCCAGUCCAACCAGUCCCUUUCUGCGACUGAGACUUCUCUCUUUGCCGUUUCCUCCCUCUUUCUUUGGAGAGAAAAGCAGACCAGACUUAAUUCAUAUCACUGAAGGAGAGACUGAUGAAAACGUGCCAGCAGAUUCAGUGUACUACAACAUUCUUUGUCAUUUAGACAAGCAGAAGGUCUCGAUUUGAGCCCUUGAUAUCAGCGUGCCAUGCAACCCCCUCUCUUUCCCCUGGCCUGAGAGCAGCCAUGCCUUUCCAAAACCUCAGCCCAACUGUUCAGUGUCUCUCCCCAUGGAGCAGCAUUUUCCGAACCUGGCUAAUGUCUGCGCUCACUACCCUUCAAUUAUCUCCUGCACCGUAUUAGACAUGCUAUUUCACCUUUCCCUCUAAUCACACUGUAAUCACCAGCCUCUAUACAUUAGCAGCAACCAAGUGAAAAAUCACUGGGAUAAUCACUUGGACCAAAUGACGGGAGAGAUGGUCCCCCUGCAUGCACAUGGAUGACAGAAGGAAGAUUAGUGAGAAUUAUGUUUGUGCCUACUCCCUGGCAAGGCUGCCGACAGCUGACCUGGCACCAGUAAUUCUGCCAAAUUUACCCGAAGAGGCGACGGAGGAUGUGGAAUAAGACCUUCCGUAUCAUAGCAAGGUGUUAAUACUGCAAAGUAGAUUGACGCUACCAAAAAUUACAAUAAAAAUGUAUACGGUAAAAUUUGUGAAACCUUUUAUUCCAUUUAGGACAAACCUUGCAACAAUAGUUUCUUAAAAGUGGGUCGAAACCAUCAACGUUGCUGGAAAUCCUCAAUUCUGUAGAAGCAGCUGCUGAGAGGACUGUUAUUGUGCUUCUUCUUUCAGCAUGUAAUUGUGUCUCAACUAUCCCUACAGAGGCUACAAUUUUUAGCAAAAUAACUUGCUCUUCACUUCUUUAUUCCCCUUGCUUCUAUCCCUGCUGGGACACCUGCAAAGCACAGUAUUGUUCAAAGCCUGAAAGAGUAUUUGUGAAGCACAGUAGUUCUUCAGAUUUAAAAUGAAUCCCGUUAAAAUGACAGCUUUGUUAGAAAAGAAAAAUUGCCUUUACAUUACAAGUAGGGUAAAACCCAGCUGUCCUUCCUCAGCCCUCACUCAAACGUUAGGUGGAAAUGCGGUGAGCGACGUGAAUUGUGGUGAGGUGAAGUAGGUCAAAACAAAGCCAUGUUCUGCAAACCGUUUGUGCUCAUUACUCAUGUGAAGCUGAACUAAUCGAUGGGAAAUCUAAUGUUCCAUGAGCAAUGAAAUUUCCUGUGCUUGUCUCGGCCAUCUUUGGAAGACGUUCUGCCAGUGAGGCUCUGUCAGGCUGAACAUGAACCUUGCACGCCUGCUCCGCUGAUCUCCUCUGGCUUGUACCAGAUGCUGUACUAGUUCCCACUGCUAAUGGCAGGUUGAGUCCCCAGUGAGCCAAAACCCAGCCUAGCCUAGUAUCCUGCUGCCUGCUUGGCUAACAGUGCAGUGUUCAUGUAGCAUCUCUGCUAUGCCAGGGCUAAAUUAGGCAAUGUGAAAUCAGCACUUCAACACUUUUAACAAGGGUGCUCUUAGUACAUUUACACCCCGGGGAUGGUGUUACUGACGUGACGUGCAUUAAAACCAGAAAUAGCUAUGAAACACACUCCGAAAGUACCAGGACAAGAAGAGAUUGUUUUUAGAUCUGUCAGUUCCCCCGUUUUAUUGACAAGACCCUCUUGCUGCCGUGCUCCCAGUCUCAGUCUUGUCUAGUUUGGUUUGUACUGUAGUCCGGGCCAUGUUUCCCCUCUAAGAGCAAUGACAAAUGUCAACCCAGCAGGAACUCAACAAGCUGUUGCCAAAAUUUGAUAUUUGUCCUCUAAUUUACAAAGAGAAAAUGUGACUUGGCAUUUCAGCCGAAAGGAAUUAGUAUGAAUCUAAUUAAAUGCGAGAAAAUAAUAUUUAGCAUGCCCGGCAAAGAGCCUACAAGGGACAUGUCAGAAAUUAUGCUCAUACCCCCAGUAGCUUAACUUUUCUGUGGCAAUGCUGUUUUUUAUUCAGAAUCUAAGAAUCCAAUACACGGUAUACCCAGUUGAAUUACAAUAAGCAUUGAGACCACUCGCUUCUCUGUUGCUGGUGAACGUACCCACUCUAAUCAUGCAUCAUUAAAUUAAAAAAUGGGGAGUAUAUACUGUAGUUUACUUAUUUCCUCGGUUACCACUAUACCACAAGGUCAGUCCUCUAGACGAGCAUGCAUCCUAAGAGGGCCCCUGCCAAUGGCGGGGCAAUGCAGAGAACUGCUAGAGCAUGUCUCCAACCCCCUGGGUGCAUAACACUCACCCUAAAAUAGCAGUGAUUGUCAAGGAAAGGAAGUGAAAUGUAAUUGACUGAAAGUGGAGAGAUAAUUAAAGGAACCUGUUGGACAGGAGGGAAGAAAUUAAUGCCUCUCAUUUAAUAGCUGCUUUGGGAGAGAGAUUUUUCGUCAUCUCACUUUAGCGCAGAAAAAAAAGGGUUUUUUGCUGUGGAAAUGGGAUUUUGUAUGGGAAAAAGGUGGAGGUGGAAAUAGGCACUGGGCGGUGGGGGUGCUGUGUGCUAAACUGAAACUCCACAAAAUCGCUCCCAAUACUCAGGGCAUCAGGCGCCAUGAUGUCAUGAUUAGUGGAGAGGUUCAGAGCCUUGCCUUACCCCUGGUCCCGAUUGAGGUCGAGCAGAAUCACAAACAUGAGGGCAGAUCGCAUUGCAGGGAGUGCUGAGCCAGCAGAAGGGCUGAUGAACCACCUAAAUUGUGCUUUGGAUUUAUAGUACCAUUAUCCAAUUCCGAGAGUAACAAGCAAACAAAAAAAGAGAUACCAUCGUCCACCUAACAACGAACAGUGAAUCGCUGGAGGUGUGCGAUUAUGUUUAACAACAUGGCUGACGGUAAUGAAGACAAAGACUUUUUUUAUUCCUUAAUGUAAAUAGCCUAUAAAAUACAAAAACAGAGGAAGGUUGUAUAGCAGUUUGUGUUAAGAAGCCCAACUCUGUGGGACAAUGAUGUCACUAUAAAAUGUAUCCACAGCAGUGCAGGGACCUCGGAGAGUUUUAGUCCUUUUUAAGCCCCUUAAGUUUGGGCUCCGUACAUGCAUCCAACAACCCUAUGUCGGACCAAGGCUUAGAGGGUAUUUGACUUAGUGUCAAAAACUAAAGCCACGGCCCCGAAGUGAUCCGUUAAUUAAGAUUCUGUGUACACAGACAUGUCGUGAUUUUUCUGACAGAAGAAAGAUCGCCUGUGAGGUAAUUGGAUUCGUCCAAUUGGAGCUGAUGAACAGAUAUGACAGUGACCGUAGAGUUCAUCCAUCUGCAUGCUUACCACUUGUCAGAGCGACCAAAAAAAAAAAGCAUCAGCCACCAUGAAUCUUUUUCAAAAUUCUUUGGAGGUGAAAGUUUGGGCUCUACAACAUUAGAGGAGGUCAGUUUUACAAAAUGAAACUCCAGGUAACAGUUUGUUCAACAUGUACAUAAGUCAUUAUUUAAUACCCACUUGUACAUGGUUAGGCUGGGAUUGGAGGAAGGGGGCGAACAACAGCGUGAUUAUCGUAGAACCCAGCAGAAGCUCCCGGCCUGCUUGGCCCAAUCUGCCACUGCUCUCCUCUCCUGACCACACAGCUGCGUUAUUCCUGUACAUACAAUAUAGCUUAUUUUUCAAUUCUGUUAAACCUUCUUUAUAGGCCGUACAAUAGAUCAUGUUCAAACGUUUAAAAAAAAAAAAAAUUAAAAGAAUAGUUAAUAUAUUUCAGUGAAACUAAGAGAAGGAACCUAUGAAAUAAUUUAUCAAAAACAGAAAAUAAAAUGAUGUUAUUUCUUGUAAAGUGAAGCACUGAUGUUCAAAAAUGGGAUUUUAUACUCAUGUUAGUAAAUGGUUCUUUAUUUUCUCUCUUUUGUUUUUUUAUUAUCUGUUGAAGCUGGGAUAGACCCAUUGUCAUGAGGUUUAUUCGUAUAUGCUUUGAUCAUUACUCUUUUUCUGUUUUUUCCUCUCAUUUUUUUUGGCAGCACAAUCCCUGUACGAAAUCCCUCGUGAACGGGCGAGUUCAAAGAGAUUUUGCUCACUGGAAAGCUCUUAAAUCAAUACAAGAAUUAACAAACUGCACUGUAAAAAAGGGUGAUUGAUGGUACUGGUCAUGUGGAUUCAGAAAAAAAUGAGUCCAUUGCACAACUGAGUUCAAAUGAAUCAGCAUUGCAUGUUCAAAAAGAAUCUCAUUUGAGGCCUUUUGUUGUUUUGAGAAAAAAAGACAAAAAAGGACAAAAAAAAACAACUUUGCAGUCAGAUUGGUUUUGAGACCUAUGCUGUCAUAUCUCAUUGUCUUUAAGCCAUGAAGGGUUCCCUGUCUUUCUUUGUCACAACGUAACUGUGUUUCUUUUCUCUAGUUUUUGAAGGAUUCAUGGUAUUCAUUGACAUAUCUCAGCUGUUUGUAUUGUCUCUGUUCUUACCUAUGGGAUGUUUCUUCCACAGUUUGUUAUCAAAUGUGGCUCCAUUUACUGACAACAUUGUACCAACAGUACAAGCCACAUUGUUUUCCUCCAGUCAGGUUCAUUUGUUCAUGUGAGGGGGGAAAUUCUGCCUUAAACCCAGCCUGUUCUCUCUUACAGUACUACCUGUGAACAGUGCUCAGAUACACUGUAUUCUGGGGAUGCCAACUGCUCUAUAUCUUCAAAAAGGUCAAAAAUCUGUUGUGAAGACAAACACCUUGCCAGAGUCAGUUUUUGCUGCAAGCCCAUUCUGACACAAAUAAGGAUGUGGUCAUCCACCUCCAUUUCCAUUGGUUACAAGGACCAAAAUGUAAACAAACUCAGCUAACUGAGCAGUUUGCUCCAAUCAAGCAUCCAAUGAGAGCCUUUAAAGAAUUCACAUUCUGUCAUAGGUAAUGUUGCACCAUGGAUAUUUGUUUCAUGAAUCAUCACAUUCCCAGCUUCACUAUCUAAUUUCAUCCUCUUCAAUUGUACUCAUGCAAAACUCAUUCAUCAUAAUAUAUUUGGGUAUUUAUAUUCACAAUGAAUGGAAUAAUCAUUUCCUUUGUUACUGGACUUGAACAAACUGAUUUACUGUUUUCUUUUUGUUCCAAACAGAGAUGUAAUUUGAAUAAGCGUUGGCUCGGGUCCGUUUCCCUGAUUCGGGAUGAUAUCUCCCAUAGUGCUCCUGAACUCUGUAGUUCUCUAGUUCAUUAUAUUCUGCUUAGACUAAAAUAAAGCACAGUCCUGUAGAA